CGGCGUCAAGGCAUUUCAUAUGUAGACUGUGGUGACGUUCAUCGACGUCGUUGUACCAAGGACUGGAUCAACCUGUUCUAUUGUGGGAGCCCGUGUCGUCGAUAUGCCGUCGAGGCAGUGUGCUUAGGGAUGCGUGGACGGAGAAGACAGAGUUGUCAACACAUCUGUGGGACAGGAAGCAGUGCUGAAGUCACCAUUACACGCUGUCACAAGAUGUCGGCAUUUUCUUUUGGAAUCUUUACAAUUCUGUUUGUGGUAAUAUUCAGGACAGUUGAAGGUGUAACGGAGACAGGGAUACUGAUGUUGGUACCGGCGGGCGGCGUGUAUGAUCCUAACCAACUUUGGGAUGCCGACAUCAGCACCCUGGUAGGGGUAAACGACUGCCUGGAUGACGAACUACUUCCUGUCACGGAUUUGGCUCUGAAAGGCACCUUCCGUAGCGAGCGGAUGUUCAACUUGAGCUCCUAUGUAGAUGUUACGAUGACUAUGCACGUAUACAACGACCUCGGCGAAGAGCUGUUGGCAACUGGUGACUGUCCAUACGCAGAUUAUAUAACAUGUCCUUUCUCUGGAUCAGUGGUGGCAACGACAGAAUAUACUGCGAAUGAUGGGUUUCGCCUUGAAUCCAAUAAUGAAUUCAGCCACGACGCUGUUGUCCAUCAUCAACCCACGUCACUACCUCAGUGACACGCUCAACGGGGUGGAGAUUAUCGUCUCUAGUGAUUCCACCUUCCAAGACAUGCCUAAUGCAGGAUACAUUGGUUGUUACACGAAACCGGCAGGCUCAGCGACCCAUACACUGACUGACACAAACAUCAUGAAAUGCUACGAAAAGUGCACGACAGCGUAUUUCGCACUUUCGGGGGCGUCUUGCUACUGUGUGGCCGACACUGGAGGGGCGCCAGACGAAAUCACCUCGACAUCGGAAAAUGACUGCGCAACACUUUGUGAUGGCGACAACGCGCAGCUCUGCGGCGGCACCACCGCCAGCAGCGUGUACAUCACGACAGAAUUUCAAUCUUUCGUCCAGUUUUACCAAGGUUUAAACGCCACAACCGAGAUAGGGAGUGUCUUCAUCAACAGCACAAAUCUUCAGACGUUCGAAACAACAGCGUUUGUGAGCGGCGCACUGGUUGUUGAGGAGGAAGAAUGUCAGCUGACCAACUUGUACUUUGACGUGAUGCCCCCCACGUACAACCUGAUGAUGUCUAGUUCCUGCUCCACGACCUCCGGGUUUCUCCAUGCCGUGCUUGACGGGAAAGGGGAGGUGGAGACGUUCAGCGCCAUUAAAAGUGGCUGUGUUAUACUGGAGCCCGGGGACAACAACUACACCUACCCCCGCGCCACCAUCUCCAUACUAGGGCCGACGGGUAACGUGGUCAGUGUUGGAGGAAUGUUCGUCAUCAGAGGGACGUGGACCAUUCCAGAAAGCUCAUCCUCCAUCUUGUCCUCGACUGUUGAGUCAUCUAUGUUAGAGUCAUCUAGUAUUGACAUGUCUACGUCUGCCGAGAUGUCAACCAUGGACUCAUCACCUAUAGACUCCAGCCCCAUGAUGUCUACCUCGAUGGACAUGUCUUCAACUGCACCGGACAUACCUGCUACCAGCAGUGAUAACGCCGCCCAGACGACGAUCAACCCCACAGCAACAGCGGGCGCAACAGCUGGUGCAACUCCUGAUGGUGGAAGCACAGCUGGUGGAACAGCUGGGGAUACAGCCAGUGGGACAAUGGGUGCGACGGCAGGUGCGACGCCAGGAGCUACUGCAAGUAUGACACCGAGUGCAACCACGGGAGCAACAGCAGGUGCAACUGCAGGUGCAACAGCAGGUGCGACGACGGGAGCAACAGCAGGUGCGACCGCAGGUGCGACAGCGGGUGCGACGACGGGAGCUACAGCAGGACCUACAUCCAGUGCUACUGUUGGUUCCGGGGGUGGAACAACAACAACUAGCCCCGGAGGCGGUACAGGGGGAAGGCCAACCAGCUCUGGUCCAGUGGUAUUUUACAGCAAAGACGGGCGUUUGAUCUACGAAGCAUGUACAUGCCGUUGUAAGCCACCUCCGCUGAAGCCGAAUCAGACUCCAUUGGAGGCGGCAGUCGAGAGAGCCGAGAAGGUGUCGGAGGAGCUUCACGUGGACACCAAGAACCUGUCCGCCACUAUCAGGAAGAAGGAGAGCGCUUCCGAUGAACGGCAGUCAGCUUCAGCAGGUGGUUAUGCCGCCUGCAUUCUGUUGAGUUUAAUUGGAGUCACCUUUAUACUACUUGACGCUCUUUCCAUCAUGACACACCUACAUCUCCUCAAGUCCAACGUCAGCUCCUUCUUUGGCAAGGCGUGAAGCAGUAUAUGUUUGUGAUGUGGAUUUGUGAUUUGUGGUAAACCGUUGUUCGACGACUAAUUGAACUCAAGAGAGCACAAUACAGGUUGUUGUGUUGUGUUGUGGUGGUGUUAUUGGUGAGAACUGUCUAUUUUGAAAGUUUCAAGGCCUUUAAUGUACAGAUUGUGAUUGUAAAUAUAUUUUUAUAAAUCAGGCUGAUACAAGUAUGAGGUCAGAAGUUUACAGAAGUCCAAUGUAUGGCAAGCAGUAAUCACAUUUAUUAAGACAUUACUGAUGUCGUCAACUCUUUUUAAGAUGUCCUGAAAUAAAUUCAAGAUACCUGGAA